AUGUUCAGUUUAAUAAGAGCAAAACCAACCGUUUAUGAACCAUUACCACCAAAAAGAAACGGGGAAAAUGUCUUGACCUACUUACAAAAACAAUUACUCGAUAAAUACGAUCCUACUGGGAAAAGAAGAGCUUUAGUUGACUCUAAAAAUGGACUUCGUUCCGGGGACAUCAUCAAGGUCACUUAUAUGGAUAGAACCAGUACUGUUGGACGUAUUUUGGCCAUCAAAAGAUCAGUUAAUAACGUUGGUACCAAUAUAUUAAUCAGAAAUAAAUUUGGUAAAUUAGGUUACGAAGUCAGAGUUCCAUUGUACAAUCCAAACAUUAGAAACAUCGAAGUUCUCCAUAAACCAUCUAAUUACCUUCCGAGAAACAAACAAUACUAUAUUAGAAGAACCAAACAUGAUGUUGGAGAUCUUGAAUUUUUCUUAAGAGAAAAGAAUAAGAAAAAUAGGUAA